AUGGGAACUCUUUGUGUGAUGGGUGGUACUGUGGAUGGAGUAGUUUUUGAAAAUGAAGCUCGCCCAGAGAAAGUAGGAGUCUCUCUUCAGAAUUUCCACCACAGAGAUUAUGAGGAUCUUUUUGAAGACGCUGAAGACAGCAGCGUGACUAAGACAGAAAUUAGUGCUGAGAAGUGGGUGCGGCGGCGACAGACGCCUGAGCCUGUGGGAGCAGCGGUGGAGCUGGGUGUAAAAAUUGUUUCUGAGAUGGAGCUAGCUGAGUUGGCUCAGGUUCGACCAUUAGUGUCCAGUUUUGAUGAGCAAUCAACCAUCAAGGAAACUUUUAAAAUGCUCGAGGAAAAAAGAGCAGACAAUGAAAUCACCCAGGAAUUCAUGGCUUUAGAAUUUAAGAACCUACCUGGUGAGUUCAACUCUGGGUCUGAACCACGCAACAGAGACAAAAACAGAUACCGAGAUGUUCUUCCAUAUGAUUCAACACGUGUUCCUCUUGGAAAAAACAUGGACUACAUCAAUGCUAGUUAUAUUAGAAUAAUCAAUUCUGGAGAAGAGUAUUUUUAUAUCGGUACCCAAGGACCACUACCAGAUACCACAGAUGACUUUUGGCAGAUGGUCUUGGAAAAUAACUCUAAUGUUAUUGUCAUGAUAACCAGAGAGCUAGAAGAUGGAGUUAUCAAAUGCCACCGUUAUUGGCCCAUUUCUAUGAAGAAGCCUUUGGAAUUGAAAAACUGUCAUAUCUUCCUAGAGAGCUACCAGAUACUUCAAUAUUUCGUCAUUCGAAUAUUUCAAGUUGUGAGGAAGUCUACAGGAGUUCGGCAUGCUAUAAAGCACUUGCAGUUCACCAACUGGCCAGACCAUGGCACUCCUGCCUCGGUAGAUGGUUUUAUAAAGUAUGUGCGCUAUGUGAGAAAGAGCCACCUCACAGGACCCCUGGUUGUUCACUGCAGUGCUGGCGUGGGCCGGACCGGGGUGUUCAUAUGUGUGGAUGUUGUGUUCUGUGCCAUUGAAAAGAACUUUUCAUUCAACAUCAGCGAUAUAGUGGCUCAAAUGAGACAACAACGUUGUGGCAUGAUUCAAACAAAGGAGCAGUAUUACUUUUGUUAUAAAAUUGUGCUUGAAGUUCUUCAGAAGCUUAUGACUUUCAAGUAA